GGCGUUUUAUUUUCACCAAAAAUGGCGACGACGAAGAAGCGUUUGAGGUCGACACGAUCAGAAGACUGAAGAAUUUCAGGUGUGAACAUAACAGAAGAUAUGCUAGAAAAUGUUCCAUCGGAAUUGGACAGUAUGGUAGAGGAAGCAGACCUACAGAAAGAGGAAGAAGAAGAGAUAUCACUUCGAAGGAAAAAACAUGUUCAUCUUCAUGAAUAAAAUGGACAGAGGCAGAACUGAAUGAGGUGCAUGAAUAUAUCGAAGAAUGUCUGAACACAAACACCACUCCAGGAAGAAAAAGAUUGCAAUAUGGCAAUAGAGAAGUUUUCCCAAUAGAGGUAGAAGAUAUCAUAACAAUUGUACUCCUGUUGGCUUUUUGUGGCAGCAGUUGCUAUCAUGGCAAUAGUUUUCUGGAGCUCCCAGCAGUUUGGAAGAAGGCCAUUUAUUCGAGACAUUGAAACAGGCAACUAUAGAAAUUACGAUAAUGAUGCUCUCCCACAUGAGACGUUUGGAUUCCAAGUCUCUGAGUCUGAGAACAACGCCCCUCCAUUUCUGGACGUCACUGAGGAAAUGUCCCAACCUUAUGUGCAGUCUUGCAAAAAGAAAUAUGCAGAAGCAAAUGUGAAGACUGGAAUAAGAUACCUGAACUCUCUUGGCGGUAUAUCUCAACAUAGGAACCACAAAAACCUUUCUAAUGCAAUAGAGCACGUUCUUCGGAUGAGAGAAAUAAAGCGUAUCAAUAGCUUUGGACUUCCGGAUGACUUCUCUAAGGAAAGUCUUAUUGAAAUUCUUGUCAGAAUGGGAAACCAUGAAUUGGCUGAUGUGAUUCAUGCCGUAGAUCAGUGCCGCUGUGAAGGUUUCUUCCCUGAACCAGAGGAAUGUGCUGAAAAGAUUUUUACAAUGAAAGGUAUAGAGGAGUUAAGGAAUGAAGUGGAAGAGAGAAAUACUGAAAUCAUCCAUAACAGCGAGGUUUUUGCACAAAGUCAAAGUGAAACAAUCCAAGAGCGGGCAGAAUGUAAUCUGAUGAUAAGAGAUCUAAAGGCCAAACUUCAGGAGAAGGAAUGCACCAUUCAGGAGAAGGAACGCACCAUUCAGGAGAAGGAACGCAUCAUUCAGGAGAAGGAACGCAUCAGUAAGGAGCUGAAAAUUAAGCUAAAAUAUUACGAAGAUGAACAGUAAAAGCAAGAACAGUCUAGCGAGUUGAACUGUACAAUACAAGAUGUUAUUGAUGCUAUAGAUAUGCAUGUGACUAAUUUUUUUUUAAUUCUACAUUUGAUACAUCAUUUUUCCAGUAUGUUUUGUACUGCUGUAUCUAUAUGUUAUAACAUAUUUCAAAGCAACGCAGGCAUUUCUAUUUUUUAAUCAAUUUUUUUUAGUUGAUGAUCUGUAAAAAUGUAGUCUAUAUUUGUAGAAAGCAAUGCACCAAAGAUACUAUACAUGACAGAAUCUUAUACUUAUAACAUUGACCAUGUUUGUCAAUCUGAAGUGUGUACAUCUCAUUUUGCCAAUAGCUCAAACUACAUGUACAAUCAAAGAUUUUGUCAAAAUGUUACGUACAGAUGUAUUAACUUUGUGUUUUUGUCAUUGUUGUGUUUCGAGUGUUGUUACAAACUGUAUGUGUAUAUAUUAAUAAUAAUAUUUAUGCAUUUUAAUUCUGACACUAUGAAUAUUUUAUUCACAUGUAUGUGCAUAUCAAUUUUAUAUUAUCUUUUCUUUCACAUUUGUAAAGCGCUUUAGAGAACUAAUGUUGAUAGGGCGCUAUAUACCUUAAAUCUUUUAAUUACAAUUACAAUAAUUACAAUUACUUAUUUUAGUGCAUUUGAAAUUUGGCGUGGUUGGAUCCGAUGCACUGUUUGGUGUAAUCAUGAUUUAGACUUUCUUCUGUGUAUGGUAAUCGAUAAGAGAAUUUUAUAUUUUAGCACAGCUAUGAUUUAAUACGCUUGCUUCACCACGAAAUCCACCAAAAUUCAAAUCCCACAUACUGUGUAUAUGAUGGCUAAGGAAUGGCUGUGAUAAUUAUAUACUGCUUUUAUAUGUAGAAAUGAUGUGCCAUAAUAAUUUUUAGCUCACCUAAGCCGAAAGUGCAAAUAAGCUUUUCUGAUCAAGACUUUCCGUUGGCAUUGUGUCGUCAUGAACUUUUCAUAUUUUCAUCUUCUUUAUAAGCAAUUGGUCAAUUUCAACCAAACUUGGCAAAAAUCAUCCUUUGGUGAAGGGGAUUCAAUUUUGUUCAAAUAAUGGGUAAUGCCCAUAUGUAAGGAGAGAUAAUGAAAUAAACUGACAAAUUUUAAAACUCUUCUCAAGAACCAUCUGAACAAUUUCGACCAAACUUCGUACAAAUCAUGCGUUAGUGAAGGGAAUUCAAGUUUGUUCAAAUGAAGAUCCAUGCCCACUUCUAAGGGGAGAUAAUGACAAAAAAUUGCAAAAUUAAUGUGGGGUCAUUUAAAUUUUUUCUCAAGAACCACUGGGCCAAAAAGUUCAAAUUUACAUGGAAGUUUCCUGACAUAUUGCAGAUUCAAGUUUGUUGAGGUGCACAAUAGGGAAUCAAGAUUUUACAUGCAAAUAUUUAAGGAAAAUCUAAAAAAAAAAAUUCAAGAACCAUUGGGCCAAACAAGUUUAACUUUACAUGAAAGCUUCCUGACAUAGUGAAUGGCCCCUGAGAGUAAGGUGCGGACACAAAAGGGAAUCAGAAUUUUACAUGUGAAUAUAUAGGGAAUUUUUUUAAAACAUGGUGACUCAGGUAAGCGAUGUGGCCCAUGGGCCUCUUGUUUAAGAGACUUGUUGUUAGUGCUUUAAGUUAGUACAAAACAGAUGCAUGAACAAUUCCCGAAAUUAAAGCCAAGUAAAGUUAAUAAGUAGAUUAUCAUUCAAACUUCACAAAAAAAUGGGGCGGGUGGGAGGAUUUUAUUUUUUAUUUUUCGCCAUGGUAUUCUUGACCUCGAAAAUGCCUUCUCUCAUUGAGAAAAGGCUUUAUAAAUCAUAAUUACAUGUGUAUUUGGGUUUCUAAAAGGCAAAGUGAAACAAAGUAUGUUUACGAUACCGGACCGGACAUAAAAAUAUCCGGAAAUCGUAAUUUUGAAAAAUAAAAAAAUCGGGGCGGGGCGAUUUUCGAGGGCAGGCGGGAAUGAUAAUCUACUAAUUAAUUUUACUUGGCCUAAGCUUUGAAUAUUUUGUUUUGAGGAACAAAACCUCUUGCUGUGUAUGGUAUAAAAGAAAUCUAUCCAAUUAUCACUUUGUUUCUCCACAUAGUUUUAAAUAAAGUAUCGAGCCUCAGUUAGAAAAGUGUGCCCUGUGUAAAAAUUAUCUGUAGAGAUUUUAUGAAAAUUAAUAAUACUUUUUAUUAAGCUGACCUAUUUGUUACCAAACAAACUGAUAUAUUUGUGUGCACCAUGAUGUACAUUAUAACAUACGUGGCUCGUCAAUAGCAAAUCUUGCAUGUAAAAAUUCAAACUUUUAAAAAAGAAUAAUUUAUAAUGAUACAGAAAUUGAUAUAUUUUAAUAUAAAGAAAAUUCAACCUAGGAUUUCUGAUAUUUUGGACUUAUCAGAAAAUUUGAUUAGGAAAACAUUGUCACAUUUGGCAAAUGACACCAUAGUCAUACACACACACACAAAUAUGUAUAUAUAUUUGUGUGUGUGUGACCUUGACCUUCAUUUUGUAGCUUAUAUUUGUGACCUUAGGUCUCUACUUCCUACACAACAAAAGUUAUGUUUCACUUUAUGAUAGACAGUUAAUUGAGUUAAAUCUCACAAAGAUGAAGUAAUUACACUCCCACACCCAAAAUACCUGUAUUGGAUGUCUCCUAUAUUCAGAAUAUGCCAAAUACAAUUGUCAUGGAUUAUAUUAGUUUGUUCAGAACACCACUGAAUAUUAUUAUGCCAGAGAUUUUAUUUAUCAAAUUGAUGAAUUUAAGAAAACUGAUUUACAGGUGUCUGGUACUACCUUAAUUCCUUGUUUUUAUUUCUGCUAUUCUUUCGAAAAUCUAUUCUUUUCAUUCUUUGAAGAAGUUUAAUGUAUAGGUGCAUAAAAGUCAUUCCAUGCACCCUCAUUUGAGGUCAUGAUUUUGCAAAAUCAUUGAUUUAUUAUGGAUUUAUGCAUGAUGGGAACCUAAAUUUUGAUCGAGUUAUUGUGCAAAAAUCUUGUAAAGCAUAAAUAUUUCAAAAGUUUAUAUGAAUGAUCGUAAUAAGGUUUUAUAAAAAUAUUAGAUCCAAGAGCAAUAACUCUGUUUUUAUGGAUUUCUUUAUCAAGUCAGUUAUGCAAUAGAUUUCCUAUAUUUUUCACAGACAAUCUGUAUAUUUUUGUAAAUAAACCCUUUCAUGAUAUUGUUAAGAAUACUGUUUUAUUGUUUGAUAAUUAUAUAUAUAUCAUUUGAUAAUGUAUUCCAAUAAAUGGAAAUAAAUACA